AUUACAUACGUUGAGUGCACCCAUACACAUAAAUUUUUUUACAAAAAUUUUUGUGGGAAAACUGUAAACACUUGGUGCACAAUUUUUUUUUGCCUUCCUUUUUUUUUUUAAUAACCUUGGCAUACAUCAAUUCGUGACUAGCCAAGUCAAGCGAAGCCAAGCCCGCUAUCGAUCGUGGUUACUGUGGCUAUCGCGGUUAGAGAACAUUUCGGCAAGAGUGGCAAGAGACUGAUCAGUGAUCUGCUUUAAAACACCGUGUACGCACUGACCUGAUCGGUGAAAAUGGGUGUUGCUUGCGUGGACAAAUUUAACCUACGUAGGAAAUUGGGUGUUGAUUGAACUGUACCGCGAUCACGUUCCAUGGAAAAUGUUGCUGUCAGUAUUUGCGGGUGUCAUAGGUUUAGCAGUACAUGUCGUAUUUCUGUUUUCAAUAUUUGAUAUUUAUUUUAAGUCGCCUAUCAUUCAUGGACUGCCGGCAUACGAAGUGCCGUUGCCUUCGCCAGCUUCAAGGUUGGUGCUCAUCGUUGCAGACGGUCUUCGCGCGGAUAAAAUAUUCGAGCUUCAGAAAAAUGGAACAUCGAGAGCACCGUACCUGAGGUCGAUUAUAACUGAAAGAGGAAGCUGGGGAGUGUCACAUACCAGAGUGCCAACGGAGUCAAGGCCUGGUCACGUUGCCCUCAUAGCAGGAUUUUAUGAAGAUGUCAGUGCAGUCACCAAAGGAUGGAAGCAUAACCCUGUAGAAUUUGAUUCAGUGUUCAACAGAAGUCGACAUGUGUGGGCGUGGGGUGCAGCAGACAUGGUGCACCUAUUCACCAAGGGGGACCAUGAAAAGCAUGUUCACGCGCACACUUACGACACAAAUGAGAUUGACUUUGCUGAUGAGGAUGCCUCCAGGCUUGACUUAUGGGUCUUUGGAAAGCUUCAGGAGUUCCUGCGCAGUGCAGAAGACAAUCAGACACUGACUGAUAUGCUCAGACAGGACAAAAUAGUUUUCUUUUUGCACCUUCUUGGUUUAGACACCAUAGGACACGGUUAUAACCCUGACUCUAUAGAGUACUAUGAAAACAUUGCAUUGGUUGACCGAAAGAUCAGGCACGUAGUAAAGCUGAUUGAAGAGUUCUAUCAAGAGGAUGGAAAAACUGCUUACAUCUUUACGUCGGAUCAUGGAAUGACAGACUGGGGUAAUCAUGGUGCAGGUAACCCAUCAGAAACUGAAACACCACUUAUUGCCUGGGGAGCAGGGAUUGCACCACCUCGAUUGUCAGGGCGUGAUGGCUACUACGAUGGCUACUCUGAAGCAUGGAAUCUUUCCUUAUACAGAAGAGUGGACAUCAAUCAAGCUGAUUUGGCACCUCUUAUGGCUGUUCUCUUGGGUGUGCCUAUUCCAAUCAAUUCUCUUGGUGUCUUGCCUGUUGAAUACCUCAACACUGACUGGCACUUCAGAGCAGUUGCACUGCUUACAAAUGCAAAGCAGAUUCUCGCACAGUUCAAGGAGCAAAAACAGAUUAUAGAGGACACAACAUUUUCUUUAUUUUUUCGUCAGUUCAGGGACAUGAUGCCCAAGAGACAGCAUGAGCUGAUUGAAAUGAUUGAGACUUUACUCAAGCAGUCAAGGUACAAGGAGGCAGUCCAAGUCAUCGAGAAGUUUAUAGAACUCUCUUUGAAAGGGCUUGUGUACUAUCAGAAGUAUGACAGACUGACCUUGAGCAUCGCAGUAGCCCUUGGAUUCAUUGGCUGGAUGGCUUUCGUAAUCCUUCUUGUGCUACGCAACUACACGGGUAUCAUGUGCAAGUCACUAGAAAGCCAGUCUAACAAGAGAAGUCAAGAGUGGCAAGGAAAAGUGAAGAUUAUUUCUACGUCCAUUUUAGUGCUGUUUUUGUCAACUAUACUUCUAUAUGUGCAAAAUGCACGCUUUAUGUACUAUUUUUACUUCCUCAUCCCAAUUGUUUUAUGGACAAUGGUUUUUUAUGAGCUCGAUGUCUACUAUGAAGCUAAAGCGUAUCUGCGACGUUUUGAUGUAAAAAUGUGGUUUGUGGCUCUGACCCUGGUGGCAAUUUUCGCAAUGGAGCUUGUGGUCAUCACAUUUUUCUACAGAGGCAUUAUGUCUCUUGGCUUGUUGGUAAUAGGCUGCUGGCCUUUCAGCACUUCUUUAUCAAAGAAAAUGAGUUGUGCAUGGUUGAUAGGGUGCAUCGUGCUUGGAAUAUUUCCCCUUUUGCCUGUGAUUGGCAAACAGCACAAUUAUACAUUGGUGACACUUUCCGGCUGGGUCUGCAUAAUUAUAUUUUCAUAUUGUGCCAGAAGGCCAGAAUUGGGAUUGAUUAGAAAUAGCAGACAAAUACCAAAAGAACCACAGAGGUCUGUUAUUUUGACUGCAGCGCAGAUUGUGUUAAUUUGGGUGGCCAUUGCGAUUGUGAGAAGCACUGCAGACAGCAUUGAGCGCAAAGAGGGACUCCCAUUAUUCAACCAAAUACUGUCAUGGCUUCUGCUGAUUUUUUCCCCAGUAUUGUGCCUCUUCUCAACCACAAGUCUCUUGAACCGGCUGCAAAACCUAACUUUGUCAUUGCUGGUUCCAUUUCUUCUGAUGUGCAUCUUCUACGAAAGCCUGUUCCUUAUGGCGUUAUGCUUUGUGAUGUUCCUCUGGAUCUCUAUUGAACAUCAGCUUUCAGGUUCUACACUGAGGCUACAAGACAUGACUUUUGAGUCUCAAGAUGCUUUGUCACAAACAAAGGCUGUGACAUAUCACAUACGAAUUGAUGAUAUCAGAAAGGCCUACUUCUUUAUUUUCUUUAUGCUUGUUGCAUUCUAUGGCACUGGAAACAUCGCCAGUCUUAACAGCUUUUCCAUCUCAAGCUUCUACUGUUUCAUGACAGUAUUUCGACCAUUCACAAUGGCUGCCAUCUUGCUCAUCAAGGUUUUGAUCCCAUUACUUAUAGUGAGCUGUGCAUUUCGGGCCCUUCUACAGUCAAUUAAGGUAUCGAACACGGCUCUCUUCCUUCUAGUCGUCGUCUUGUCAGACUUCACAGCAUUGCACUUCUUUUUUCUUAUCAAAGACAGUGGCAGUUGGCUUGACAUUGGCAUGUCAAUCAGCCAUUACCUGCUUGCCAUGGGAAUGAUCAUCUUCACAGCAGUGUUUCAUGGCCUUGCCUGGUUUAUGACCACAUUCUCAUUGGAGUGCUCUGGACAUGAGUUAAAGCGUCAUCUUUUGUGACAUAUUCCAAGCUUAGUAUUUUACAAGCACUUUGGCUCCGUCACUUAUGGCCAAGAAGUUUGAUAUUACCGCCUCACAUUCCUUAAAGCAGCCGUAUUCAAUCUCUGUAGUAUAUUAUAGUUAUUGGUGAAAUUUCAGUUGUUUAGAAUAGCUAGUUAUUGACACAUUUUUUAAGUUACUUAAACUGCCUCCUGUACUGGUGAAGUCUAUUUUGUCUAUGUUUAUUACAUUGCAUUAUAAAUAGUGUUGACCACAUAGUCUUUUAUUUAUUCAUACCUGAACCUCAGUGCAAGUUCAUUCACAUUGGGCACUCAUCAUCUGUGAGCAAGAUUAUUUUUGAACCUUUGUUUACUGCAUAUAUUUUCUGUCUUGGCUAAUUUGAUGCCAAGAAAAUAAAAAACACAGUUUCUUUUGAUCUCAUUUCAUGUCACUCACAUCUACCAUUAAUUUUGCAGAGCCGUAGGACAUAAACUGUAGGGCUUGUUUCGUACUAAUCUAAUGGAUUCUGCCUUAGAACUGGUCUCAUUAAGUCUUGCACAUUUUUUCAGAUACUUGUCCCAACAUCAUAUAAAUUAGUCUGAGUAUUAAAUGAAUUAGUUCCAGAGGACACCUCUGUCAUUAAUUUGUGGGGCUGGUGCUUCUUUUCACUUAGUUGCAAGUCAUUUGCUGCAUUGAAUGGUAAAGAUAUAUGGCACGGAAGAGGUUGUACUGUGUUGUGGCUGAGCACUAACACUGUAAAACUCUUCAUGACUGAUCACGAUGUGAAAUCCUGGAACCAGGAUGCCCCUUUGGCAAAGGCUAAUUCAAAACUUGGCAGUCCAUCAACUGACACAUACCUGCCUACCAGUUUUGUGCUUAUUGUAUUGUAUUAAAGGGUUUUACUAAAUAAAUUAGCUUAACGCACUACUUUAUACAAGGGGCUAAUGGCAGCUACACCACCUCUGAAGACUAUAUUAUUUUUAAUGGGCCACUAAGCAUAUGCAUGAGACCUUCCUGUUCAUUUGAUAAAAUAUGAGACUGUGCAUGAUAUUGAAGCUUAAGGGGUCACCUAAUGUUCACAAUAAUCAUUGUACAAGUUAAAAUGUUUGUUACUGCUUGUAAUUCCUCAUUGAAAAGACAGCAUGUUUAUAACAGCACCUUCUGUGCUAAAAUUUUUUUUUUAAUCAGUUCAAGACAUUCUAUUCUGCACCAAUAGUACAUUAUUGGCUGUGUUAUUAAACUGUAGCAAUAUUCUGUGAAUGAUUCUACUGUUUGGUGUGCAUAUUAAGUGCACUAUAUUUUUCUGAAACGAAAUCCUUGAGAUCUUGUGCUGAACUUUAGCCUUUCCCAGUGCCUCUAAGAGAGCAAGUUUGAGCUUUAAAGUGAAGGGUCUGUGUCAAGGGACUUGGAAAGUACGAGUCAUAAUAAGUGCUCCAGUUUAAACGUGUAUUGAUGGAAACAUGCCAAAGAUAUGUGUAAGAGGUUUGCAAACAGAUUGAAUUGUGUGUAUCCAAUGCAAAGCAUGAAUCAGUAAUGCAGUGUUUGUGAUGUACUCGUAUUGUGCCAAAUCCACUGUACUGGGAAAUGGUGUUUAUAUAUACACUGCCCUUUUUACACCUUAGAAGCGCACAAACUAUAGAAUAAAUCAAACGUUUAAAUAAAGCAUUACAACGAUGGAUAGAACUCUAUGCACAUUGUUCAUAAGUGGAUAGUGUUCUUAAACUGCCACUAUCUCGUUUUUUUAAAUAAACAUUUUUUACACACAUGUGUCCUCUCCAUUGGCAGCUAAAUGUGUAGUCUAAUGUUGUUAAAGGGAGUUGGAUGCAACACGAAAUCCAAAUUUGUUGCUUUUUAAUGCCCUUAGCUGGUGAUCAAGUUCAUUUCAAAUUUUGCUUUCUGGAAGAUGCCUGUAGUCCAUUGUACUCAAAUGGUGAGUGUAGUAUUUACCAUAAUGAGCCUCAUUGUAAAUGGCUGUAGUGCUGUGGUAAGAUUGAGUGUAGAACUGACACCAAUUAGAAAAUAAAAUCACACAUUUCUCACUGCUUGCAUUACCAUUGGACAUAGUCUUCUGGCGGCUGAAAGGUACAAGUUGCUGUAUCUGUUAUUGUCGGGGCUUCAUUAUUCUUGGUUAACUCUAACUCCCAUCCUCCUGCAAAAAGAAAAAGGUUACAUUCUUGCAAACUUUUCUUCAGCCAUACUGUUGCGCAGUAUAUUCUGAUGAUAAUCAAAUAUGGUAUUCUGAAAAAUAAAAAGGCUCUUCCACAGCACAUCUGCAAGUUUCAGAUGUAAUUAUAGCAAGAGAUGAUAACAUAAGGAAUGUAAUGCACCAAAUAAUUUAACUGCUAAAAUUCAACUUCACGAUGCAAAAUGACAACCUCGAUUUGUCUCUGGCAAGCAAAGCAUGGACACCUAGUUAGUAGAGUUUUUUGGCAGUAUUGUUAAAACUGCAAGGAUUAAUGCAUCUUGGGCUUGGGAUCUGAAGGGUUCACAAGAAAGCAAAGAAGUAUGGCAGCUGCAACUUUCUCUUUAGAGCAAAGCUUGCAUUGCCUCUCCCCCUGGAUUUGGUGUUCCUCAUCGUUUCCUCACCGGAUAUAUUUAUGGAUAUAUAUAGACAACUUGGGUCACUGGGUGUGUGCUGGCUGCUGUUGUGCUGGGUAGAUAAUUUGAUCACUGGGUAUAUGCCUGAACAGACAACUUCGGGGUGUGUGUAACUGGGUAUCUGGUACUGGGUACAUAUGUACUUGGGUAUUAUUGGCCAGUCCCCCUGAAUAGAUUUGCCACUGUAACGCAAGGGAUAUGAAACCUUAAACAUAUUUAGAUAUGUGUCAUAUUCCUCUGUGCAUACACAUCUCAUCAACGUUCUUCCCUUGAGAAGCAUCAUACAUCGCCUUCCUCCUUAUGACAGACGGCUAACAGCUACAGGCAACGAGGCUAUCUUUGUAUCCUCAGCUACUGCUGCUACUUUGCCAAAUCGCACAAGCUUUGCAUCAUUAAAUGUUCAGCAUUUUAUUGGAUCUGCAUGUUUUUUUCUAAGACGAAGUCUUUCUUGGCGAGUUACCCCCGCUUUUCCAUAUCAGGUAUGCUUUAGCCUAAUCAUGGGCCGAUCUUUGAGAUAGUUCUGAUACCGGUGCUCCUGGUGGCAUCAGUACCAAUGUUACCACCGUGCAGCACCACUGCACAAUAGCGGUACUGCCAUACAAUGGUACCAGUGGUAAGGGGAGUGUUCUGGCAUUGUUCCUUCAUUACAGCUAGUGUUUUGAGAUGCUGUCAUUGAGACGUUGCGGGCCUCAUGGGAUAAAUUUCUAUGUGCCUUUACACUCCCAUUCUCACCCCCAACUUGCUGAGGAAGACAUGGUUGUUUAUUGAUUUCAACUGAAGGUCGUGUUCAGUGGUGUAGCCAGAAAUUUUGUUCGGGGGGGCUCACGUUCUAGCUCGGCCUCCUCGUUACGAGAAUUUGUCGGGGGAUCAAAUACAUGAAUAGCUGCAUUGCCAUUGCCAAAUAUGCUGCAAAUGAAUUUGAACGCUAAGCACUGUGGAGACAAGUAAAAUGUAUUUUUUCAUAAAAGAAUAAUAUGCUCGUAUGUCCCAAAAUUGUACCCGAAAUAACUGAUAUCAAUGCUUCCACGUUUUCUCUCUAUUUAAUAAGUAGAGAAAAUAUCACGAACUUUAGAACUAUAUCAGUUUCAAACCAGCAAAGCAGUACAUGCCGCUGAUACGAAAAAUGUAAAGGCCAUGAAAUGAACAAGUUGAGGACAAAUAUUUUAAUGAAACUUUGUCAUUCAAGAACCUUGUUUAUAUUCUGUUACAAAUGCAAAGGCCAGGGAAAAAUCUCAAUGACGCUGUUCUUUGUUCCAAUGUAUUGCACGGGCACAGUUGUCACAGGCCAUUUAUUGUGAGUAAUUGCACCAAAAUUAUAGUCGGAACAGGGAGCGCAUAUAAAAAGCAGGAGCUCUGCAAAAUAUACGAGGGCGACUCAAAUGAAAGUGAGCCGAUGCGAAUAUAUGACAAACGGUGAACUUUAUUUAAAAGUAGUCUCCAUGACCAUUUAGACAUUGGUCCCACUGACUAACGAGUUGAGUUAUUCACGUAUCGUAGAACUCCUUGGGUUGCUGCUUCAAGAAUUCUGUAACUGGCUCUUUCACGUCGUCGUCCGACAUGAACCUGGUUCCCUUGAGCUGUCUUCUUCAAUUGCCCCAAAAUGAGGAAGUCGCAAGGCGACAGGUCUGGGCUGUAUGGCGGAUGUCGCAGCGUUUACCACUUGAACUUUACCAGUUUUGUGUUAACCACAUCAGUGACGUGGGGACAGGCAUUGUCGUGGAGCAAGAUGACCCCAUUUGUCAAAUUUCCAUGUUGUUUGUUCUUGAUUGCGACACACAGCCAAUCCAACAUUUCACAAUAUUGGAAACAAUUGAUAGUCUCUCCAGGUUUAGCAAAUUUGAUCAGUAAUGGCCCCUGACGAUCAAAAAAAAAAGUCAACAACACCUUUCCGGUGGAAAUGACGGCCUUUGCAUUUUUUGGAGUGGUGAAUUUGACUGUUUCCACUGUAAGCUUUGCCAUCGUGUUUCAGGCUUGUAGUAGUGUCACCAUGAUUCGUCCCCAGUCACAAUUGCAGACAAGAAGUCGUCACCCUCAUUGUGGUACCGGAUCAGAUGAGUCAAGGCACCGCCGAACCUCUCCGUCUUCUGGCGGUGGUUCAAAAUCUACCACACAAGAGCCAUUAACCGAGAUUUGCAUGAGUUAUGAUGUGAACCAAACUGCGGCUGGUGUUAGCACGCUCUGCGAGUUCAUCUAUGCUUAUCCUCCGUUCUUGUCUAAUCAGCUCAUCAACCUUUGCAGUUGUGUUGGAGGUGAUUACACAAUGGCUGUGGCCCAUUCUUGGAUCGUAUUUGAAACUUUCACGUCCUUUUUUGAACCAUUUGCUCCAACGCUUCACAGUGGCCAAUGAAAUGCAAUGUUCAACGUACACAGCAGCCAUACGGCGGCUAAUUUCUUUUGGGGAAACACCUUCAGCUGUCAAAAACCUCGCGACACCAUGCUGUUCAACUUUAGUAGCGUCCAUUAUGUCACACAACCAUGUUCAAUGCAGUGUAUUAGAGCAUUAAAAAACAUUUAUUCUCACA